AAGGCUUGCAGAAUGAAUGCUUAGCUCAGGCAUAGGUAGCAUUACAUUGUUGACCUUUAACAAACCCACUCAUAGCUGUAGUCACAGUUCAUGAAAGAUUGACACCAACAGCCUAUCUAAUUUAAAUAUUUUGUGUCUGCAUGUAAAACACACUUCUUUCAACAUGAGACACAUUCUUAGUGUGAUCUUGUGCUUAGGUUCUAUUAGUUUGGCGAUUUCAACUCAUGCCCUUGUUCAGUAUGUGCGUCUGGGCAGCAAAGUUAAGAUACCGUGUGAAGGUUAUGGUGAUCGCAGAACUGGAAAGUGGUUGCACAGAAAUGAUGACAAUGGGUUUGCGAUUAUUGCUUAUGAAAUGUCGGGCUACAUUUUCCAAAGCAAGCAUUUGUCAACAAGGAGAAAGACUACCAGGAACUUUUCUUUAGAAAUCAGUCCUUUCACUGAGCUGGACAAGGGGACAUAUGUUUGUGAAGUGUGCAGAUCAGAGAGAUGCACUGGUGGCAAACCAAUAACGUUAUUACCCCAGUUUGAUGUAUUUUCUGCAGCAUUAAGCACACUGUUUGUUAUAGAAGAUGAACCAUUCAGUUAUAGCUGUCUCUACAAUUUAACCCUGAAUGCGGACUGGAGAUUUGAAGCAUUUGGAGAACAAAAUGCCAUUUCUGUAAAUGGUGGAUUUACUGAUAAAAAUGUACUGCUCAUUCCGGAUGUUCAGCCAAAUAAUGCUGGCAAGUACAGUUAUUGGGGUGAGACAUCAACUGGACAACAGCAGAGAAUGUGUUCUGUAAAUCUGUGUGUACUUUCAGUCAAAGCUGAAAAGCUGACUGAUUCGCCACAGAACUGUACCCUAUACUGUGAUGCGGAUAUGGAUGCAAAUGAAGGAGGCAUGGCUUUUGUAGGAACAGAUAAGUGGAAUAUCUCAUUUUCUGGUAGAGUGAAUAAGCCAAAGAGCUCUUUGAGUUGCAGGCUGCUAAGUAGUGAUAUGGAAACACACACUUUAAACAUUCAGGAUACCACUACUGCUGUUCUGCCAGAUGAUAUUUCAUCCAUAACUACAGACAACAACAGCCAUUACCCAGUAGCUGCAUUAAUAAGCACAGCUUUUUUUUUCAUCAUGCUGAUGGCUCUUUUUAUACUUUUAUGUAUUUCACGACAGAGGGCAGACAAAAACUCUAGUAGAAGUGCAAAUGGACAUUUAGAGGGGGAAGUUGAGUCUCAGGUGAUUUAUUCUUCUCUACAGUUUGAAAGAUAUAAACAACAGAAUGUCAUUACCUCUGACACUGAAUGUGUGUACAGUCAGAUUAUUGUUUCUAAUAGGAUUUGAUUAUUAUGUUUUUUGGCCUGAAUUAAUAAUGCUCAUUGCACCACAAAUUAAUCUUUGGCACAAUUGUGAUGUUGUGUCUGUUGUUUAUCAGAUUAUCAUGUUGACUAUCUGCUAAAGUGGUAUCUGUCACAUUGUACCCUUGCUUGCUUUAGAACAUAAAAAGUAUUUUUUGGAUCGUAUCUUAUACUAUUUUUUGGAUCGGUAUACUCUGUGUACUUAUUUUCAUAAAUGGCUGGGUAAAUCUGUGCACAUUAAACACUACCCUGUAUAAAAUAUUUUACUUUGCUUUUUUCACAGAAAGUGUGUUUGUCUGUUCUCCCUGUUUCCCUUUGGCUUUUCUCUAGUUUCUUUAUCAAAAACAUUCCAGUAGCCAGUAUUAUGUGAAUUAUUUAAAGUUGGUUGAUUAUAUAGGUUGGUUCUGUACUGUUUGCAUUUUCCAUACUCUUACUACCUGUAGCAUAACAUGUAUUGUUUCUUAUUUUGGCUAUUUUUGUUAUUAUUAUUAUUAAUUUUUUUAUUGGGUUAUUUAUUUGCACAGUGUAAUAAGGAGUUUUCAUGUUAAGAUAUAUACUGCUUAUAACUGUGUAUCUGACAAAUAAAAUUUUUAAUCUUGAA